AUGCCAUCCAAUGAAAAUCCCCAAAGUGACCCAAUCCAGGUCAACCCCAACCACUAUAUCUUCCCCUUUGAGCCGAAUCCUGCUUGGUCUAGAUGCUAUGUCGGCGGGGAAGAGAUUGAGCAAUAUAUUUUGAAUAUGGCAGAGAAAUACGGACUGAAAGAUCGGGUUGUGUUCAAUACGAGAGUGACCAAGUCCGUCUGGAAUGAAGACCAGGGGAAGUGGGCUCUCGAGUUGGAACAGAUUGACGGAAAAGUCAUCCACGACGAAGCAGAUAUCUUGAUUGAUGGGUCUGGGAUUCUCAAUCGCUGGAAAAUGCCCGAUAUCAAGGGCCUGGAUCUGUUCUCUGGCAAGCUCGUGCACACGGCUGUAUGGGACAAGUCCUACGACUGGUCCGACAAGAGGGUUGCCGUUAUUGGGAACGGCUCAUCUGGGAUCCAAGUCGUGCCGGCGAUUCAACCAAGAGCGGCGAGGAUUGUCAACUAUAUCCGUCGCCCAACUUGGGUUUCGGUCAACCUGUGCCCUGAUAUCACCAAGGACGGCAUGGGCACCAACUUUGAGUAUACCGAGGAGGAGAGGCUGAAGUUUCGGAACGACCCUGAAAGCUUUUUGGCAUACAGGAAAACCAUUGAGAACUCUGUGAACACGGUCUACCGACUGAUGCUCUCCGGCUCGGAGCAUAACCGUAUCCCUGGUGAUGGAUAUCUCGAGGCUAUGCAGCAGCCUAAUGCAGAGUGGUGUUUUGAAGUUAUUCACGAGAUCACUAAGAGCGGGAUUCGGACUACAGCCGUAGAAGAAGAGUUUGAUCUCAUUGUCUGUGCGACCGGGUCUGACAUUACUUUUAUUCCUGGAUGGGAGUUAGUCGGCCGAGAUGGUCGACGGCUAGACUGGGAAUGGAAGAAGCCCCCCGAGGCUUACUUUUCUAUCUGUGCCGCGGGAAUGCCCAAUUACUUUAUUUUUGCGGGUCCCAAUUGCCCCAUUGGCCAUGGAAGCGUUCCUCAGAUGUUGGCAUGGAGUGCCGAAUACAUGCUUAAAUGGGUUCAGAAGAUCACCCGUGAAGAUAUCAAAUCCAUCGUUGUCAACGAUUCUGCAGUUCGAGCCUAUAAUCGACGUGCACAGGCCAACUUGAGAAACACGGUGUGGAGCAAGGACUGCAAGGCUUGGUAUAACAAUGAACAUGCUGUCACGGCCAUGUACCCGGGCAGUGUCAUUCAUUUCAAAGAGGCUGUCAAGGAUAUUCUGGGCGAGGACUUUGAUAUCCGAUAUACUACUUCGGAUCCCUUUUCGUAUCUCGGAAAUGGGGAACUUGAAUGGGAGAGAGAUGCGGCCGCUGACUUGUCAUUUUACUUGGCUGAGUGA